AUGGCUCAAGAGGUCAAUCAUCACCACAACAACAACAACAACAAUACGACCGCCCGUUUGUACUACAAUCGGAUCCAAUCGAUGGUCACCCGAUUGCCCGCAAACUUGCGAUCGUUGGACAUGUCUUGGAUGCGAUUGCGUGGCGACCGUCGGCGCAAUAGGAGGUCCUCCGCCUCGCAGACAAUCGCCGACUCCACCGAUGGUAGCCGUCGGCCAUCCGACGAGACGUCGAUGGAUACGAGUCAUAGUGGCGGACAUCAUCACCACAUCCACAGCCAUCGACGGCCACCACCGCCGCCGCCCACGAGGCGAGAGUCGUCGCAAUCGCUGUUUGGCUCGUCUUCGACGGACAGUACGCCUGUGAACGCGAGUCCAGCGCUCAGUCCGACGGCGACCGCAGGUGUGGCCGUCAAUAGCGGUGAGCACUCGCUGUCCCGACCGCCGCACUCACACCUAUACAGGCAUUCGUCUCAUUACCCGCUAUUGUUGGGCUCGUAUAACAACUGGUCGCUGAACCGCGACGGCGGCCACCGAUUCGUAUCCCAUAUGAAUAGUAAUACAAAUAGUAAUAAUCAUAACGUAAUUGUGGACAAAGAACGCAAUGUGUUGUCGGCGAUCAUGUCUAUUGUGGUGAUCGCAACGCUGGCCACAGCUCUGGCCCAACCCAAGUGGUUCUCAAUCAACGGCGGUCUCUGUCCGCGCAAAUACAUCGGUCUUCAGGAGUUCUUUUACGUCGGAAACUUCAAUAACUAUCACUUCGAUGUCAAUAAAGGUAAAACUGGAAGCGUUUACAACCACCAGAGAGGGUCCGUCGAGCCGCUGGACCCCAAAGAGGUGGAGCGUCAGCUGAACAGCGAGAAUAUCAUACUCUAUGGCCUGAACGGUGACCUCAAGAACUGCGUGACCCCCGAGAUCGUGACACUGCAGCGGCUGAUCAUCGGUCUCUGUUUCUUCGCCAUUAUGUUUAACUUAAUUCAGUUCUUCUUCGACACACUCGGCGUCCACAAGAAGUGGCUGAACGCCAUCCGCGCCCACGCGUUGGGCAACAUAUUGGGUGUACUGUUAUGUGUGGUGAUUGUCGGCGUCUCAUACCUGGUCUCCACACUACUGGAGAAACAACAGCACCGGCUCUUGAAAGAGCAACAACAGCACAACACCGCCGCCGCCAGUGGUAUCAUUUUGAGCGCCGGUUCAGCCGCCGCGUCAUUGCCGACCCCCGGCGGGCCCGACACCGCUGUCAAUCACGUGGAAGUGAAGUUUGAGUUGAGUUACUAUUUGGUGACUUUCUCGGGUCUGUUGGCGAUCAUCGCCGCCGCGUCUAAUCUGUUGCGUCGACCGCAACACUAUUACAUCGACGCCACCGACGCCUUCUGGACCGACGACUUGGACGACGAACUCGUGACCUCUCCGUCCGCGACGUCGGCGGCCACCACUGUAUCGCCGACCCAUCACUCGUGGCAACCGUUCCCGACCUCAGCGUCGCGUUCGCUAAUGACGUUCCCAUCGGUGGGACAGCCGCCGCCACCCCACCCGUCGGUGUCACCGCUGCCGCCGCCGCCUCCCUAUACGCCUUAAGAUCUAACUAUUUGUAGGUUUAGUUUAAUUAUAAUUAAUUUGAACACUUAAUUAAUCUCUCGUUGUUUUUUGAGUACUUUAUUAAUGCCUUAUAUUUUUGAAAAAUCUCACACAAGAUAUCAAUCUCUGAUUUAAUAGUGAAAUGCGGUAUAAAAACGGAUUAAAGGGAUUAAUAAUCCGAGUGCUAACCGAUUAACCCAUAUAUCUGGGAAUUUACUCAAGCCUUGAGUGUGUCAUUAAUUAAUUUUAACGAUUAAUUUAAUUAAAACCACUUUUAAUAUGUGAUUAGGAAAACACAAUUACAAGUUGUUUGUAAUUAAUUUAUUAAUUAUUUUAACAUUUUUUGAACGC